AUGUUCGGACAGGCAGUUGAUACUCGCAAGCACUCGACAGAACAACAGGCUGCUGCCAGGCAAGGAAGCCCCUUGGCAGCUCCCCACCUUCACAAGGCUGCCACCUUCACAAGGCUGCCACCUUCGCCAGCUGCCACACUCGCCAGCUGCUUCGCCAGCUGCCUCGCCAGGCUGCCACGCUCAUCCAUGACCGACGCAGGCGCGGCACGUCAUUCCUGCCAGCCGCAUCACCAAGCUCCCCUCGCCUCGGUCAACCUCACCCCUCAUCAUCCACCACCCCCAACUCCUCCGGCACCCUCGAGCGCCGCCGAGAUGGAGUCUAUAGCGAGGAUAUCCGAUCUGCUCGAGAGCGCCCGAGAGCUCACCCUCGAUGCCGCCUCGGCUGCGCGCAGCUCACGCGCCUCUUCGCGACCCCUCGACCGGAACCAGAUCAAGAAACUGCUCGACAGCCGGAAUGAUCGCGAGAUUCUCGAGGGCUUGCGCCGCGUCAUCUCGAUGAUGUACCGCGCCCAGAAGACGCUGCCCUUCUUCUCGUCCGUCGUCAAGAACGUCGCCUCGCCCAACAUUGAGAUCAAAAAGCUCGUCUACAUCUACCUCAUCCACCACGCCGAGCAGGAGCCCGACCUCGCCCUGCUCUCCAUCAACACGAUCCAAAAGUCCCUCUCCGACACGAGCCCCCAGGUCCGCGCCCUCGCCCUCAAGACCAUGUCCGGCAUCCGCGUCCCCGUCAUCAGCCAGAUCGUCUCGCUCGCCAUCAAAAAGGGCGUCGCCGACAUGAGCCCCUUU